CUGCCAGGUAUAAAAGGUGGCCAACAUCGAAAUCUUCUUCACACAAUUCCUUCAACUGUCUUCAGAAGAGAAGCUAAACAACCUAAACCAGCUAAAAAUGAAAUUGAUCGUCGCUGUCGCUUUCUUGGCCGUGGCCCUCGCCGCUCCUCAAGGAGAUAAAAAGCCCAUCGAAAUUGUGUCGUCCAACAGCCAAGUGAACGCAGACGGCAGCUAUUCAUUCGAUUUCGAGUCUGCCGAUGGGACCAAAGUGUCUGAGAGUGGCAACCAGAAACAAGUUGGUGCCAAACCGGAGGAGAUCGGGACCGUGUCCAAGGGCUCCUACUCGUUCACGACUCCACACGGCGUCGUCCUCACCGUCAAUUGGGUGGCCGAUGAAAACGGAUUCCAGGCCACCGGCGACCACCUCCCCACUCCUCCACCCAUGCCUGAGCACGUUGUCAAGAUGCUCGCAGAUCUGAAGGCGGCCGGAGUCCUGUAAAAAAUUUAAAAAAAAAUGUCUUUCAACCGGAAACGAAUUCGAACAAAAUCUACCAGAUGUACAUAACGCGCCGAUUCCCCGCCCACAAUCAGUUGUACUAGAGUCAGAGAGACGAGGAAUAAAAAGUUGUGUUUCUUUUCA